AGUAUCAACUGUUUUAAGCUCAUGGAUUCAUGUUUGGAAAUCCUUCUUUGGUUUACUACCUCUAUUUGGAUGCUAUUAACUUUGCAUUGUUGAUAUAAUAUUCUAUGCAUUACGACAUAUUAACUUGAUAAGCUGCUUGUUGGAGAGAAAGUACAACGCCAAUCUACAGUCUGAAGAUAACCAACUUUUCCGAUUAGGUCUUGAGUUAGUUCAGACAGAUUUGGACUGAAAUUGAAUCACAAUAUACUAUUCUUAAAGGAGAGAAGUAUUUAUCUGUAGAUGUCUAUCAUUUACUAACAUGGUGCAACUUCAUCAGUUAAGAAUGACUGAUAAUAUCUGUAGAUUUCUUUCUAUGAUAGAGUGAUUUGUCUCUUUGAGUAGAUUUAUUAGCUAUUCUCUUUUCCACAUGUUCUAUCUUGCAUGUCAGACCAUUUGGCAACCUCAAGUGGUGGUGAAGUCCAAAAGACUUGCAGAAACGAAUUCUACGGAUAAUGUUUUCCGGAAGGGCUGCGAGAGAGAAGUUGCAGAUGCUAACAAAGGUGCCUCAGAUGAAGGAAAGAAUGAGAGUAUUAUGAGAUUGUCAUGGGCUCUUGUUCAUUCUAAACAACCUGAAGAUGUGCAACGAGGGAUCGCUAUGCUUGAGGCUUCACUUGCCAACACAAGUAGUCCACUACAGCAGCGAGAAAAGCUUUAUCUUUUAGCUGUUGGAUAUUACAGAAGUGGGGAAUAUUCAAGGAGCAGAGAGCUUACAGUUCAAUGUCUAGAGAUUGCACCUGAUUGGAGACAAGCUUUAUCGCUUAAGAAGGCUAUCAAAGAUAGAAUAACUAAAGAUGGUGUCAUUGGUAUAGGAAUUACUGUGACCACUGUAGGACUCAUUGCUGGUGGGAUUAUAGCAUCGUUGGUCCGAAGAAAAUGAUCUUCACCAAAACAACUCUCUUGAGGUUAUUGACACAAAAACCUGAGUUUCUAUUGACAAAAAGAAGAUGAACGAACCAUACUAGUUCGUUUCUUUUCCAUUUCCUUGCCUUCCUUCUUCUCUUCGACUCGUUUAAAGGGAGUCGGUAAAUGUUCUAUAGAAUAAUGCCAGGCCAUAUGGCUGAAAUUCUUGUGAUUUACUGCUCGUUUGGUUAAAGACUCACUUUGGAAUUACUAGUUAUAUGAAAUGUCAUGUAAAUUUGGCUUCGA